AAUCGCCUAAUCUUUCUUCGGUUAAGAGUCAAUUUGUCUAGUUGGCUUUGGUUUGUCUAGUUGGUUUUGGUUUAUAAAUGUGAUUGUAAAUACAAAAUAUUAACUAGACUCUUUCUCCAUUUUAUCACAAAAACAAACAGCUUGUGGCUUUCAAAUUCCAUUCGAGGAUGGGGUUUGUGAGAGCUUGCUUGUUCAACAUUCUGUCUCGCCGUAAUCGUAAUCCUUUCGUUUCUCACUUCUCAAUCUCACCACCUCUUUCUCUUCCUCCGAACCACUCCUUCACUAUCUCUGCUUCACUUUCCACUUCUCACUCUCACACCACCCGCUUCAAACCAAUGUGCUUGUAUCACACACAGGGAAAGUGCACCAAGAUGGAGGAUCUUAUUCACCUUGACAAGUUUAAUCAUGAUUGCUCCAGCGAGCUUCAAGUGAAUAUUGCUGAGUUAAACAAAAUGCGCUCACAGAAUCUAGACUUUUUCCUUGUACUUGAUUUGGAGGGCAAGGUUGAAAUUCUUGAGUUUCCGGUACUAAUGGUUAGUGCAAAAACAUUGCAAGUUGAAGACAUUUUCCACAGGUUUGUGAGGCCUUCAAGCAUGACCGAACAAAGAAUAAAUGAAUACAUUGAAGGAAAGUACGGAAAAAUUGGAGUUGAUAGAGUCUGGCAUGAUACAGCCAUACCAUUCAAGGAAGUUAUUGAAGAAUUUGAAGCUUGGUUAAUGCAACAAAAGCUAUGGAUUGGAGGAGAACUUAAUCGCACAGCAUUUGUAACUUGUGGAAAUUGGGAUUUGAAAACAAAGGUCCCUCAACAGUGUGAAGUGUCAAGGAUAAGGCUUCCCAGCUAUUUUAUGGAAUGGAUUAAUCUCAAAGACAUCUAUCUGAACUUUUAUAAUAGGAGGGCCCCAGGAAUGGUUACAAUGAUGAAGCAGCUGCAGAUACCUUUGGUGGGAAGUCAUCAUCUUGGCAUUGAUGACACAAAGAACAUAACAAGAGUACUGCAACACAUGCUUGUCGAUGGUGCACUCAUACAGAUUACCGCAAGGAGGAAUCCUAGGUCUCCUCGAGAUGUCGACUUUCUUUUCAAGAACCGUAUCUGACUGUGGACUUUAACUUCACUAGUGUGCUCAUAAUUUGCACUAGAUUUUAGUUUAGUCAAACACUAAAAAUAGUCAUGUAGAAUGUUAUUGUACAAUUGUAAAGGAAAUUAUGGAUAUCAUUGUUUACAUCGCUAUUCUUAAUUCCUUUUAAGCAAACUUAGCCUAGCGGCAUA